GUGAGAAGGAGACGAGUCCGUAUUUCUGCUCGCACUUCAAUAGAGAGCUGGAGAUCUAUAAGAAGCAGGUCAUCCUCAAUCUGGUGGAUCAGACCGGCAGGGAAAAGAUCAUCGGUGAUUCCUACCUGAAGCAAGUCCUGAUGUUCAACUGCCCCCGUCUCACCUACAUCAGCUUUGACUUCCAUGAACAUUGCCGCGGGAUGAAGUUUGAGAACGUGCAGACGCUGACGGACGCCAUCACUGACAUCAUACUGGACAUGAAGUGGUGUUGGGUGGAUCAGGCCGGAGUCAUCUGCAAGCAGGACGGAAUCUUCCGGGUCAACUGCAUGGACUGCCUGGACCGGACCAACGUGGUGCAAGCGGCCAUCGCCCGUGCCGUCAUGGAACAACAGCUGAAGAAGCUCGGCGUGAUGCCCCCAGAGCAGCCGCUGCCCAUGAAAUGCUAUCGGCUCUACCAGAUUAUGUGGGCAAACAACGGGGACUCCAUCAGCAAGCAGUACGCAGGCACCGCCGCUCUAAAG